AAGAAGAGAUAAUCUUUGCAUACAAAAGUCAUUUAUUAGCUUCUUUUCAUAACCCUCCAGCGGCCGUAGAAAACUAAAACCCUCCAGCGGCCGACGGCGACGGCGAUGGAGAGGAUCCCAGCGGCGUCCGCCAUGGACUGGAGCAUCGACCUCGACAGGGGCCUCAGCUCCCGCCACUACGGCACGCGCGUUCGCGCCCUCGACGCCGCCGGCCCGCGCCUCCGCCAGCUCUGCGCUUGCCCCACUGCCCCCGCGCCUGUCGCCUCCGCGUUCGGCGUCCUGCCCUGGGAGGCACGCGUCUUCGCGGAGACCAUGCUCCUCCGUCUCGCCUCUGAGUUCAGGAACGCCGACGGCGCCAUGCGGGCCCGCAUCGUCAGGGCCCUCCUCUCCGCGGCGGGGGGACGAGGCGUGCUGGCCGGUGCGCGCGUCGCGGAGCGUGACCAGCUACUCAGGAGGGUCAAGGUGGUCUACGACGCGGGGAGCGCGCGGGACAGGGCGCUCGCGCUGCGCGUGUUCGGCUGCCUCGCUGAGGUCUCCAAGGACAGCGUGCAUGUCCGUUCUCUCAUACUCUCCAGCUUGGGUGCCUCAAGUGCUCUAGAGGUCAAGGCAGCAAUUUUUGCAGCUGGUUGCAUUUGUCGUCUGUCAGAGGACUUCUCACGGAUAAUUCUUGAAGUGUUCCGAAGAUUGAUAUGUUCUCGGACAUCAGAACCACAAGUUAUCAUGACAGCAAUUAAGGCUUUCUCGAAGCUUGAUUGUACGUUGGCUGUUAUCCAUAGAGUUCAUGAGGUUGGAAAGCAGAUGAUUCUAGGCACACUUGAAGAUGUAUUGAAAUCUGAAGUUCUCUAUUCGCUCUCAAGAUUGGUAUCCAAGUCUACCAUUUUGUUCCGUGACCAGGUGGAUUUACUGUUACUGUUUCUGAAUCAUGAUUCCACUCCUAUGAAGUCUGCGGCGUUGAAAUGCAUAUGUUUUAUGUUUCACAGACAUACCUACCAUUUUCCCGUUAUUAGGACUGUUUUUGGAAAGUUGUUGCCACUAAUUGAUGAUGUGGAUUUUUCACUUGACUAUAAGAGUGAUGUGUUAAGGAUUCUGCAGAAGGUUUUCUGUGGUAAAGCGUCAGGCAUUCAUCAUUUAAGUGGUUCUGAAUUAUCUAAGCUUCUUCUGGCUGCUGAAAGUUAUUUACAUUCUUCUUCCUUGGAGAUGCAAGGUACAGCUCUAGAAAUACUUGGGGAAGUCUUUUGCAUUCUCAAGCAAGCGAAGCCAGAUCUGAACAUGACCAUCCUUAAGGGUUCAUCAUUUGCAUAUGCUGAGGGCCAAGGAGUAACCAACAACGUACCAUUAACUUCUGAAAAAAAUGGUAUAAACAGAGCUCUAUGUAAGAUCAUAACAAUGAUUGUGAAUUAUAUCAUAUCUCUGGUCAAUCAAGUAAUCAGCAGUGAAAAGAAAGAAGUCACUAGAAGAAGCAUCUGCAUGCCAUCUGAAUUGGAUAAGAAAUGCAUAGCUCCUUUCAGACUUAUGCUGAAGCUUGUUACAUGCUACCCUUCUGCUGCUACUGUUGCUAUUGGUGAACUAAGAGGCCUGGUAAAGGAACUAUCUCGAAUUAACGGCAGUGAUUAUUCUGAAGUUGCUGUUACCUCUAUUGAACCAUUCCAUACAAGUGUUGCUCUUCAGGAAUUGAGCACUUCAAAUGGCAAUGCUGAACUUUUAGCUACAACUAUUGAAGCUUCUCUCAUUGAAACAGACAUUGGUAAGGGAAAACCGGAUGCCACCGAAUUCAAUUGCAAGAAUAAAAAGUCCAUUACGCAUGAUCUUACUCUUCGCACGCUCAAGUUUGCAAAUGCUUGUCACGAUGUGCUUCGUAAAACAUCUGGUGCUAGAUAUAAUCCACAUGAUAGCAUUAAGGGCCUAAUCGAGUGUAUCCAUCAGAAUGACUCUCAAUAUUGGAGCACAUAUGAAGCCUUCCAACUAAUAAUUUGUGCUUGUAUUGCCCGGGAUACUUGUAAACUCAGAGAUGGUAAUCAGGAACUAUGUGGUUCAAAAGAGGAGCCUAAUUUCUUCUCAACUCCUGUUUGGAUAGCUCAGGAAUUGUGUGCACUUCGAAUGACCAAAAUGCUUAUAAAAAAGCAGAAAUACUGGGAAGCUUAUAGGUCUUCCAUGUACUGUUGUCGUAAAGGUCUCUGGUUCACAGCUUCCUUUGUCUUCAGGAAACUGGCAGAUGCAUUUAAUCCAGGCUCUUUCAGUUGCUGGCUCAAAUCAUUGCUACUUUUUUCUGCUGGGGAAAUUGAGAUGAAGCUAUUGCUUUUCCCCUCAGCAACUAUAAAGUUAGUCGGUGAGCUACAGACAGACAAUGAUCUUAGUGAGGACCUUUACUGUGCUGAAACAGACACUGACAGUAUUCCCAGUGCAUCUCAAGAGUUGCAUGAUCACCGAGCAAAAAUCACUGGUAUUUGUGGCAGAACAUGCUUAGCUAAUGAUGCCCUAGAAUCAAAUGCCUCUUCAGAUUUCGAAUUCUUUUUCCAGAGAUGGUUCAUUAGCCUUAGAUCAUCAUUUCUGGAGAUCUUAACUGACAUUCUUGGUAUUCUUAGUGCAAAUUCUUCUGCAUAUGAAGGAAGAGAAGACCAUUUAAAUGUAUCAGGAGAGCUUCUCCAAGGCCAAAUACUUGCUUUGGCUAGUUUCUCUUUAAGACUAAGUGAUCUGGCAAAGAGUUAUGAUCUCCUUGCUGCAUCCCAUAUGGACAUGGAUCGUCGUAGCUCUAGUAGUUUAGCCAGGCUUGCUUUCAUGUGCUCACUUUUGGCAUUCUGUACUGCAUAUUCUGUGGAUUUCUCAAGAGCAUAUAGUGAUGUAGAGCAGUGCAAGCUUCCGAAGCGGUUUUCUCAUGCUUCGGUCCUACAAGAUUUACAUGGAAGAGUAGAUGGGGCAGACAGGCAGAUUGUUUCCCAACUGCAACAGUUCGUGCCCACUUCUUUUGAUGCACAGGUCUGUUUACAGUCCAGUGGACGAAUGAACUGUUCAGGUGAUCUGGAAAAGGAUUCUUAUUCUCUUUGCCAUUUUGCUGUGGCAUCAUUGCUUCGUGCACGUGGGAAUGCUAAAGCUAAUGGAAUGGCAAAUAGAGCGGACUGUUUAUAUUCUUUGCAUGGAGGGUUGCAACUUCUGUCCAUCAUUUUGCAGAAGUUGAUGGAAUUGCCAUUUGUGGUUCCCAAGUACUUCUUCAGAGUAAGGCCUUGUCUUGGUGCUGAACUGUACAUGUUUGUUUCAAAUCCUGCGGACACAAGCGGAAUGUCAGUAGAGCCUGGUUUCCAGUUGUCUCUGACCCUUGGCAUGCAGUGGAAGCGUGUGUUAGAGAGAACUGCCAUUCGCCCUGUGAAAUUGUACUGCAUUCUAGCCGCAAGCUCGACACCCUGCUUUGAUGCGGCAGGAACAAGAAGCAAACAGUUUGAAACGCGGAAGACCGCUGAAACGGUUGAGCUCAAUUGCAAGCUGCUGCGGUACAUAAGGAGUGAUCUGAGGAAGGGCAGGGAUGAGAAGGAUUCCCAGUCUGGCUCGGAGAUGGUGACGGCAUUUGCACACUUUGAACCUGCUGAUAGUGGGCAGGGAUUUUCGGCUUGCCUGCUGGAUGUCUCCUCGUUCCCUGAAGGUUCGUAUCAGAUAAAGUGGCUCGCGUGCUUCGUCGACGAGAACGGCUCCUAUUUCAGCCUCCUGCCUCUGAACGAUGGCGCUGUCUUCUCUGUCCGAAAGUCCUGACUGUGUGUGCGCUGCGGUGAUGUAGAGCAUAUUCACUCUAGAAUUCAGAACUUAUGAUCUGGUACCGUUGGUCGGUCUGUCAAGGCGGCCAACCUCUAUUGAGGAAGCAAAGAUGCCGAAUUGCAUCACAAGGCCGAGAGUCUGAUGCUAUCUACCGAAUGCGCUGCCGAUCUUCUUCAACUAAGCAGAUGUUCUAAACAAGCACUAUGUUUCUGCUCGAAGCAUUGACAUUAAUGCAGUGUGAUCCAAGUCUAUUUUUUUCUUUUAGAAUCUGGGACUGGGGGAGUGCUCUAAUCAAGUAACCAAUGUCAGGUCUUAGUUUUUUAGUUGGAACUUGGAGCAAAGUUGUAGCAACAUGUAUUGGAAAAAAAAAUAAAAGCAUAGAUUCCAGUUCCCCUUAA